UACACAUUACCUUCUAGUUUUGGGUUUUCCUUCAAAGAUAAAACCCAAAAAUUUUUUUCAAAAAUAUAAUUUCAUGUUUUUAAGAUUCUUGAAAGAAGCCGUAGCACGGAUACCGAUUACAAUAUAUUCCAAGAUUUUAAAGAAAAUGCAACAUAAUGCAGAAAAAUUGAGAAAAAUGGCCGAAAUCUUUUAUUCACUAUGUUUGAUAGCCAAAGCAGAGGAUAUUUUGCUUGAUUUAAUCAUGAUCAAGGUCCUUCAGGUGGACUAUGUUACAUAGUAAUAAAGGAGUUCAGAACAAUGGAAACUAUCUUAUAUUAGAUGAAUGUAUAUAAAGGAUAUCAAAGAACGAAAAUGUACUAUGAGUACUUUUUUGAUUAAAUCUAUUUCAAAAUACUUUAAAGUGAAAUAUAUUUGUUUGUUUAUUUUAUGAUUAAAUCUAUCAAUUGUUAACAUCAAGAACAUUUUUAUUUUCUUUGUUUUUUAUAUUGACCCAGAAAUGAUUGAUUUUUUGUAGGUUGAGUAAACAAGAUUAUUUAGUUUAACCCUGUCAUACAUUAGAUUAUACUUUUGCUAAGUAUAAAAUUCCAUCAAUUAUAUAUAAGUAAAUGCCAAUUUACUUUUCCUUUCAACGGCCAUCAAAUUACCUUUUCUAUGCAAAAAUUCUAUAAAAGUCUGGUCUUGCAGUACUGCAUUGAAUUUCUUCACAAGUCUCAGCUGUCGAACCCCUUGAUUUUAGCAAUUUAAUUACAUAUAUAAUUGGCGCCAACCUUACUGGUCUUUUAAAGUACUUUCGUCUGUCUGAAAACUUG